GAAACACAGACCACAUCACAGAGAGGUAGAGAAAGACCUUACUGUCGUGAGCAAGCCCAUCUCUAGAGCCAACUGACAGAGCAUCUCUGCUGGUAUCCAUCAGAACAGACACCAUGGAGGAGGGUGACUACAUAGUCUCUGAUAUUUUUGAUGCUUCCAAUGACAGCAGAGAGGCACAUAAAAACUUUCUGCAGUUCAGCAAGUUCUUUCUGCCAUGCACAUAUGUGCUGGUGUUUGUCUGUGGCCUGGUGGGGAACUCCCUAGUGCUGGUCAUAUACAUCUUCUACCAGAAGCUGAAGAGCCUGACGGAUGUGUUCUUGGUGAACCUGCCACUGGCUGACUUGGUGUUUGUCUGCACUCUGCCCUUCUGGGCCUAUGCAGGCAUCCAUGGGUGGGUCUUUGGCAAGUUUGUGUGCAAAACUCUGCUGGGCAUCUACACUUUGAACUUCUACACAUCCAUGCUCAUCCUUACCUGCAUCACUGUGGAUCGCUUCAUCAUGGUGGUUCAGGCCACCAAGGCCCACAACCAGCAGGCCAAAUGGAUGACCUGGGGCAAGGUCAUCUGCUCGGCCAUCUGGGCCAUCUCCCUGCUGGUUUCCUUGCCACAGAUCAUCUAUGGUGAUGUCUUUUAUCUUGACAAGACCAUCUGUGGCUACCACAAUGAUGAUAUUUCCACUGUGGUCCUUGCCAGCCAGAUGAUACUGGGGUUCUUUCUACCGCUGCUUGCCAUGAUUGCCUGUUACACAGUCAUAAUCAAGACACUGCUUCAUGCCCGAGGCUUCCGGAAGCACAAGUCUCUAAAGAUCAUCUUCCUGGUGGUGGCUGUGUUCCUGCUGACUCAGACGCCCUUCAACCUCGUGAUGCUCAUCCGUAGCACGAGAUGGGAGUACUAUGCCAUGACCAGCUUUGACUAUGCCAUCACAGUGACAGAGGCCAUUGCCUACCUGCGGGCCUGCCUUAACCCUGUGCUCUACGCCUUUGUUUGCCUGAAGUUUCGGAAAAACUUCUGGAAACUUGUGAAGGACAUUGGCUGCCUCCCUUUUCUUGGUGCCUCAAACCAACUGAAGACUUCUGAAGACACUUCUAAAACUUGUUCUGCCUCUCACAACAUGGAGGCCACCAGCAUGUUCCAGUUGUAGCCUGCUGGGGCUUGGAGAGGCUGCUCAAGAAUUUACAGGAGCAUGGCUGUGUCCUCUUUGCUUACAGUUUGUGCUAAAAAAGCUGUCAGGGCUCACAUUCCAAAGCAGUUUAGGCAGAGCAUAAAAAUAAAUGUGCAGGGCCCCCCUGAGGAGCUGGAGGAAAAUGCAGAAGUGUUGGACUUCCUCACGUGGAUUGUUGCUGAUGUUCUCACAAACAUUGAAGACUAGCAGUUUGGGAUACUGACCCCGCUUUCUUGGGUCUUGCCCUCAUGGAGCUCAUUACUGCAAAGGAGAGGCUAAACCUGCAUAUAAUUGGCCUAAGAGUCUCCCCCUGAGUGCCUCUUUGUUGCUCAGAUGUGGCCUCUCUCUCCAGCUAGCCCUACU